AAACGGCGGGAAAAUUGGUCUUUACAUAGUUAUAGGUUACGGUUGAAAAUCCCGUACGCAACUAUGAAAACUAGCGCUUUCAUGCAGCGAAAAAAUGAACUAAAAUCGACGUUUUAUCUGUCAAACGUCAAAAUUUUUCGCGUCUCGCGAAAAAAAUUUUUCUUCAGAAAAAAAUCGUCAAUUAAAAAUUUUUUUUCGGUAAUAUUAUGGGGCGUCGUAGUCGAUCCAAAUCGCCGAGGAGACGUGAUAGGGAUAGGGAACGCGAACGCGAUAGAGACAGAGACAACAACAGACACCGACGUAAGAGGUCGUCCAGGGAAAGGGUUGACAGGUCCCGAGAAAGGGAUAGCAGGCGAAGGCACUCGAACGACAGAGACGUUUAUAGAAGGUACUCGAGGUCGAGAUCGCGAUCGACCGAGAAGAAAUCGUCAUCGAAGGGAGGACUCCCCGAGAGGCCCGUUGUAACCGCCGCGGAUCUGGAAGGGAAAAGCCCCGACGAACAGGAAAUGAUGAAGAUGAUGGGUUUUUGCAGUUUCGAUAGUACCAAGGGAAAGAAGGUCGAAGGGAAUGACGUCGGCGAUGUUCACGUUAUACUAAAACGAAAGUAUAGACAGUACAUGAACCGUAAAGGUGGGUUUAAUAGACCCCUUGAUUUUGUGGCUUAAGACUGAUUCUUCCUUUUUAGUCCCAUCCUUAUUGAUCACUAUUAAUUAUAAGAUAAAUAAACAAAUACCUCCUCAUCUUAUCCUCAACUUAAAAAAAUUUCAUUUUUUCCUCAUUCCAUUCUUUUCUAUGGAUUGUUAAGGUUUUAAGGGAUCUGUUAUAAUUAAAAGUUAGGAUUAUUUAAAGAUUAAUUAACCUUGAAACCAGUUGUUUGUUACUCACCUUAAAAAAUAGAGCUGUAAGAAUAAGUUUAAAAACUUACUGUGUACAUAAUUUUUUAGAUUUGCUGUUUUCAUUUAUUCUACAUUAAGAGUAAUGUUUUCUUAAAAAAGCUAUGUACAAACUAUGGAUUUAAAUAAAAAUGUUUCGUAUUAUAA